CUAGGGCCCAGGGCGGGCACGGGCAGAACCGCGGCCCGGCCGGUGGUGGUGGCGCUGCAGGCGUCACAGCGCCUGGAGGGCGGCUGGGCGAUGUGGCUGCUGGCGCUGGUGGCGGUGCUGUGGGCACGGGCUCCGGGCCCGGAGGUCUGCUGGGCUCUCAAUGUCACUGUGUCCCCAGGGCCUGUGGUUGACUACCUGGAGGGGGACAAUGCCACUCUCUUGUGCCACGUGUCCCAGAAGAGGCUCAAGGACAGCCUGCUGGCCGUGCGCUGGUUUUUCGCAGGUGCAGACAGCCCAGAGGCCUUGAUGGUGAAGAUGACCAAGCUCCGGGCCGUGCAGUACUAUGGGAACUUCAGCCGCAGUAUGCACCGCCGGAGGCUGCGGCUGCUGGAAGAGCAGUGUGGGGUGCUGUACAGGCUGUCAGUGUUAAUGCUGCAGCCAGCCGACCAGGGCCAGUAUGUUUGCCGUGUGCAGGAGAUCAGCAAGCACCGGAACAAGUGGACAGCCUGGUCCAACGGCUCCUCAGCCACGGAGAUGAGAGUGAUUUCCCUCAAAGCUUCAGAAGAUUCAUCCUUCGAGAAAACAAAGGCCUGGGCAUUUUUUGAAGAUCUCUACAUGUACGCUGUCCUCGUGUGCUGCGUGGGCAUCCUCAGUGUCCUGCUGUUCACCCUGGUCAUCAUCUGCCAGUCUGUGUUGCACAAGAGGAAAUCUAGAGUGAGACAUUAUUUGGUGAAAUGCCCUCAGAACAGCUCAGGGGAGACUGUAACUAGCGUGACCAGCUUGGCACCACUGCAGCCAAAGAAAGGCAAGAGGCGGAAAGAGAAGGUGGACGUGCCCCCUGCAGUCCCUGCCAAAGCCCCCAUCGCUGCCUCGUUCCACAGGCCAAAGCUGCUGAAGCCGCAGAGGAAGGUCACCCUGCCCAAAAUUGCUGAGGAGAACUUGACCUACGCUGAGCUGGAGCUGACCAAGCCCCCUCGGGCUGCGAAGGGCCCCCCAAGCAGCACAGUCUACGCGCAGAUCCUCUUCGAGGAGAACAAGCUAUAGGCCGCAGGCUCUGUGUCCCCCGCUGCCCAGUUAUUUAUGAAACCUUGGAGACAAAGUGCCUAGUGUUGUGUGUUCCUUUGCAUUCUGCAUGGCGGAGCCCCCUUCCCAGUGGCAUUCCCGGUGCCUUUGCAGCAGAGUGAGGCUGCCCUCCCCAAGGACAUGUAAGUGGCUUUGGGCCUGAGCCCUGGGCCUAAGGACUAGAGUGUACCUGGGGACACUGUCUGCUGAGCCAACCCCGUCACAUCUCCUCCUCACCUGGACUUCAACUUGUUAAAAAAUCUAUUUAAAAAAUCUUAAUGUUGACCUUCCCUACUGCCAGUACCCAUGAUCCUGAGCUAUAGGAAAUGCCACAGCAUGAGACAGAAGAUGCAAGAGUUGACUUUCAGAAACCCACACAGUCUCACUGGGACACACCAGCAGCCACCUGGAUGGCAGUGGCCAUCUUGAUGGCAUCCAUUGUUUUAAAUAGAUGCACUGAUUCUAGUGACAUAAGCACAGAGAGCGACAGGUGAUGUCCGGGGUCUCUGAGAACUCUGAACCUGCCAGCCCACCAAGUCCUGAGGCCACAGAUCAAGGACAUCCUUCUGAAUGACUCACCUGGGGGUUUGCCACCAACGGACAGUGGAGCAGGUAGCCUUGCCAAAGUGCGGACUGAGCGCAGCACUCUGUCUCCUUGUUCUGGUCCCCACUGGAGGAAAGCAAGCCCUUCCUCCAGGUUCCCUCAGGGCAGGAGUGAGAGAGACACACGCUGCCCUGGAACCUGUGUCUGGAGGGCCCUGCCCUGGCUGAGUGCCUUGCCUGCCUCAGCCUCAUCUGUGAACUUGAAUGGGGUUGGAUGGCUGUAGGACUGCAUGGAGCCACCUCCAUUCAGCAACUGGGACACACUGAGCACCCUCGAUUCUACGCCCAGCAUCGGUCCCACCCUGUUCUGUGAUUGUACUCUGGUGGUCGUGUUCUGAAAGCUAUAGAAAUGGUUUGGCUAUGUAGUGAUCCAUGUAUAUAUGAUAAAUUAUCUAUUUGAAACACAGCUGGGGUGCAGGUUGCACCCCCUCUAUAUUACAGUGUAUCUUUGGCUUUCUUAUCCCCUGAGAGCCUUGGGCUUGUUUUGAGUAUAAGGAUGACUUAAUCUCCCCUAGAAUUCUUGAGGGCAAUAUGCAUUAGUGAGUUUGGCCAGAUUCUAGGGACUCAAGCCUUCUGCCAAGGGUGAUUGUUGACAAGCAUGCUAACAGCGCCAGCCUGCAUUUAUUUCCACAGUGAAAAUUUAUACCACUCAGUGCCAUAGCUUUAACCACUUCCCAGUUCAAUUAUUUAAAUACAGGGUGACCAAAAAUUCUAUACUUUUUGUUAAUGUUUAAAAGAUAAUAUAAGAGGAACUAUAAAAAUGACAAUUUUAUCAAAUUUAUUCGGUACAAGAAUUAACUGGUUGAAAUGAGCCCUGCUGAAGUGAUGCUCAGGGUAAACUGUUCAGUGGUUGAAAAACAUUCCUACACUAAUGCUUCUGAGGACCUGUGAUUCCUGUGACUUGCUGUUUGUAAUUUAAGGAAAGGGGUCCAAAUGAAAAUGGCUACUGGUUUCCUGGAAGUAAACAUGACAAAGUGGAAGUCCUCUCUGCCCAGCUGACACCCGCAUCUGAUUCCCUCUCUUCAGAUCUGAGUGCAUCCUUAGUUUUGAGAGAGAAAGGCUAUUGGCAGAAUGCUCUAGAACUUCCCAGCAUCUUUAGGAAAGGAAGACACAUGGCGAGCUCCCCAUUCAUAUGGCAAUUACCCUUGGAGGUUUUUUAUUCUGUCAUGGCAAUGUUUGACAGGUGAACAGGGUGAUUUCUUAAUUUGCACAGAGCUGUAUGGACAAGUGGGGCCACCAGGUGCUGAGCAGGUAGAAGACAAUGGGGAAAGGGUAACAGGGUAAGGGACAAUCAUUUCGCAGGCUCCAGGUCCUUAAAUCAACCCUUUUAAAUCCAGCCAGAGCUCAGAAUCAUCACAUAUAGAGAUAAACACAUGAACCAAGUCCUGCCCAGAACUGACCUAAUGGACUAUUUGUGCCUUCCACUCACUUAAGAUGACAAACGUUGGCAUUCUUGCCACCAUAGGCUUAAAACCUGUGUCUUCUCUAUCAAGCAGACCACCAACCAAGCACUGCCAUUUCUAAAGGUAAGAGGAACAUUAAAUAGAAGGUGGCACGUGUUUUCAGUUUGCUGUCCUGUAAGGCAUUAUCAGGAGAAGCUACAGAGAAGCCAUCUUCAAACAUGAUUGCCUGUGCACUUGAAGAGUGCGAACAGGGGCCUCUGCUCCUCACAGCAGCAGAGGAGCAGACAUGGGGAGAGCUGGUGCAGUCUCAGCCCAGGCUGCGGUGGGUGGAAUGCCAGGAGCGGCAAGGCAGUCGCAUCUGAGGGAACUUUCCCGCCAAGCCAGAGUCCUGGUAGAGGAGCGCGCUGUAGUGCCCUAAGGUCACCUCUUUCCUGUACCACUGUGACCCUGUCAGCACACAGGGACAGGAAGACACAGCCUGUGUCUUCUUGCUGGUAUGAAGAUGACCCCCAGCCCUUCCAGCACUCGCAUAUGCAAUGCCUAAUUCCGUGGGCAGCCUGUUCCUCGAUGACCCCAGACGCACAAUGAAGCCCUGCCUAGCACUCUGACAGGCCUGGCGAUGGGUUCCACAGGCAUGCUUGUGGCCUCUGGCAUUGACUCAGAAUCCUCAGGAAGAAGCAGCUGCCUUCCUACAGGGCAGCGGAGCUGGGCUGGUGCCUAUCAGACCCAAAGAGCAAAGGCAGCAAUGGAGAAACCUCAGAGAAUGACAAAGAAGAUGCUUGAAGACCUGUCCCAAGCCCCGCCCAUAAGCUCUCUGUUACCUCUCUUUCCUCGAGGAGGACUUCUUCUUAUUCUGUAAUUGACGUCAUUAUCCUGCCUUUUAAAUCCAGGUGCCAACUUGUGAGGUUCAGAAGUUUAACAAAGUGACUCAGCAGAGGGCCAGGGUUCUCACUUUGUAAACAUCCUCAGCCUGUGCAAGAUGAGGUGACUGAGAUAGUGUGAGUGCUACAACAACCCACAAAGGGGGAGCCUGGUUACAAUAUCAGGGAAGAAGAGAGGCUUGCUUCCCUUUUACUCUGGUUGCUUUUGCUGCCCCUACGGCCUAGAAGUGUUGCUUCUGUGAGAUGCCGCCCUGGCUGGAGCCAGCUGAUGUAGAAACUUCUACAAACCGUGAGAUAAAUAAACCUUUUUUCCUUAAUUUUGGGUGUCAGGUGUUUUGUCUCAGCAAUGGGAGAAAAAUAACUGAAAUGGAACUUGAUACCAGAGACUUGGGGCCAUUGCCGAGACUGUAUCUGACAGCGUGCUUCUAGAGCUUUUGGGAAUGGCUGUGGAAAGAACCUGGGAAGGUUCAGAGAUGUCUCCCAAGAGGGUAGAGCUGGAGCACCUCAGGCUGUUCUGUAGGGGAGAUUCUGGUCAGAGCCCAGAAGAUCAAAAGGCUGAUGGAAAUUCUGCUGGUAAAGACCAGGGUCAGGCACCAGGAAUGUAGCUCAGCAGCAGUGUCUUCCUGGCAUGCGAAAGCUCCU